CCAAUUAUAUCAGGAACUGAGAGCAGCGCAGUAUAAAGGAGAUACUAUGGAUUUCUACAACCACAUCCAACACAAACUAGCAAUUCUUAACCAAAAAUGUGGUCAGGAGAAUCGAUUGGAUGAAGUCGAUAGGAAUAUCCAAACUGGUCUGAAGACUUUUAUAACACGUCUUCCAAUCCAUAUGAGGACUGUAUUAUGCGCAUUAAAACCACAAAGUAUGGAGGAAGCUUUGCAUGAAUUGAGCUCUGCGGGAUUCCUGAACAACGAAAAGAAGAAGGACAAACCACAACCAAGUCCCCAACAACAACAUUGGCAACCAAAAAUAAUGCAGCCACGGUCAACAGCAACAUUGGCAACCAACGAUAAUGCAGCCACAUUACCAACAACAACAACAACAUUGGCAACCAAAAAUAAUGCAGCCACAUUACCAACAACAGCAACAUUGGCAACCAAGGAUAAUGCAGCCACAUUACCAACAACAACAACAUUGGCAGCCGAGAAUUGUACAACCAAAUUUCCAGCAACAUGGAUCGCAACAACCUUACUACAAGCCUCAGCAACCACAAAUCAGACAACAGCCUCCAACAUCAUAUCAACAAAAGCAUGAAUCAAUGGAUGUUGAUGCAUCUCAACAAUCAAAAAGGCAGACACACCACCAGGAGCAGAAAUCAUGUCUCUGGAAGUCCUUGCUGGCGAUUUUCUUGAUGAUAUCCCCAGUGGUAGCGCAGAAGCUCGAGGUAGUCGAUUUGAAUAAAGGCAACGGAUAUGCAAUGAUACAACUUAAUGACAAAAUGUUAAUAGAUGACUAUAUUAAAAUUCUUCACAUAUUUAACACCACAAAAUAUAUGGAUUUUUUGAAUGAAUUGGGAGAGGAAGUUUCGCAUAUUAAUGAUUCAUUUUUAUCGCAUGAAAUCGAGCACAUACAUUUACGACUUAAAAGUAUUAUU